CAUCCCAGGCUCUUCUCCUACGUGGCGGAGGAGCGGCUCUUCUCCCGCCCCACCUUCUCCCGCUUCCUGGCCCUGCUGGACAACUACGAGGAGGCCACGGGCCACCAGGAGACGGUGACGGCCCAGGAGAUGGAGGAGGAGGAGGCCUUCCUCGACGCCGUCUUCCAGACCCCUGUCAUGGCCACCCUCACCAGCUUCUUCCUCGACAAGGGGCUGUACCCCUCGGAGGAGACCUUCCGGGCUGACCUGAAGCAGAUGUGGUUUGGGCUCUACUCCCGCUCCGGGGGGAAGGCCCUGGAUUCCUCCGGCUUCGAGCACGUCUUCCGCGUUUCCCCAUCGGCGUUGACUCCAUCGGGCCCCCCCGUCCCUACAUCUGUCCCGCCGUCCGUCUGCUCCGCCAUCGCCAUCCGUCCGUCCGUCUGUCCCCCCGACGCACCCCCCCACCCCAACUCCCAUCCCUGA